AUGCCCAUUACCAUGCGGCAAAUCGGAGGGGGGCUCCGACAUAUAUCGAUCACGAUUUCUGGGUCUGUGGAUUGGAACUGUGUUAGUAAUUGUUGUUUGAGCACUUUGAGGAAUCCUCUUUCUGUAUUGGAAUGGUUGCAAACGAUCACACUGGAGUCUGUUUCUUUGAAAUACAGGGCUUCGUGGUGGGACAGCUCCCCGGUCAGGUACAGGUCAGCUUUCACUCCUCUGAAUACAGAUCCACCAGAGCCUGCACAAAGGGCGACCGUGGAGAUGGUUUUCUCUGAAUGUGACUUGUUAGUAGCAACCUGUAGAUGGUUGAUUCCCAAAUGGGACUUGAUGGCUGGGAUCAGCUCGUCUAAACUAGCCGGGCUCGACAGGGUCAACAACCGGCCCAUCCCCACGUCCUCAACGUCCGGGUUCUUCUCUAUCACCGUCUUGGUGUCCACGUUGGCCACCGCCUCGGCAAGCCAGUCGUUCACACCCCCCUUGGCCGCGUCCACUGCCGUGUGCGGACAGUACACGGAGACGCCGUGA